ACCGAAAGCGGAGAUCUUCGAAAUUAGGGUUAGGGUUAGGGUUUCGGCUUGGCGGAAAGAUGAGAGAGAUCAUAAGCAUCCACAUUGGCCAGGCCGGGAUCCAGGUCGGGAAUUCUUGCUGGGAGUUGUAUUGCCUUGAGCAUGGCAUUCAGCCUGAUGGAAUGAUGCCUAGUGAUACGACACUGGGAGUUGGACAUGAUGCUUUCAACACGUUCUUCAGUGAAACCGGUGCUGGAAAGCAUGUCCCAAGAGCUAUAUUUGUGGAUCUGGAACCCACUGUCAUUGAUGAAGUUAGAACUGGAACUUAUCGGCAGCUAUUCCACCCAGAGCAGCUCAUCUCCGGCAAGGAAGAUGCCGCCAACAACUUUGCUAGAGGCCAUUACACAGUUGGGAAGGAGAUUGUGGAUCUAUGCCUUGAUCGUGUAAGGAAAUUAGCAGACAAUUGCACUGGCUUGCAAGGAUUUCUGGUUUUCAAUGCUGUUGGUGGUGGCACUGGAUCUGGCUUGGGAUCCUUGCUCUUGGAACGCUUGUCUGUGGAUUAUGGAAAGAAAUCAAAGCUUGGUUUCACUAUCUACCCUUCACCGCAGGUUUCAACUGCAGUUGUUGAGCCAUACAACAGCGUGCUUUCAACCCAUUCCCUGUUGGAGCACACAGAUGUAGCAGUUCUCUUGGAUAAUGAAGCCAUUUAUGACAUAUGCCGGAGAUCCCUGGAUAUUGAUAGGCCAGCUUACACCAACUUGAAUCGAUUGAUCUCUCAGAUUAUAUCUUCUUUAACCACUUCCUUGAGGUUUGAUGGAGCCAUCAAUGUUGAUGUUACUGAGUUUCAGACAAAUCUUGUCCCUUAUCCUCGCAUCCACUUCAUGCUUUCCUCAUAUGCCCCUGUUAUCUCUGCGGAGAAAGCAUAUCAUGAGCAGCUUUCAGUCCCUGAGAUUACAAAUGCUGUGUUUGAGCCUUCAAGCAUGAUGGCAAAAUGUGACCCAAGGCACGGAAAGUACAUGGCCUGUUGCUUGAUGUAUCGCGGAGAUGUGGUGCCAAAGGAUGUUAAUGCAGCUGUUGCCACAAUUAAAACGAAAAGAACAGUUCAAUUCGUUGAUUGGUGCCCCACUGGCUUCAAAUGCGGUAUCAACUACCAGCCACCGACAGUGGUACCUGGGGGUGAUUUAGCCAAUGUGCAACGAGCCGUAUGCAUGAUCAGCAACAACACUGCCGUGGCCGAGGUCUUCUCACGCAUUGACCACAAGUUUGAUCUCAUGUACGCGAAGCGUGCCUUUGUUCACUGGUACGUCGGGGAGGGCAUGGAGGAAGGAGAAUUCUCAGAGGCCCGUGAAGAUUUGGCUGCCCUCGAGAAGGACUACGAGGAAGUCGGAGCGGAGGGUGUAGAUGAUGACGUGGACGAGGGUGAAGAUUAUUGAUUUGUUUGGAGUUCAUGUUGUCAUUUGGAAUUGUUAUUGUACUGUGUGUUUGAACUUUCUGUGAUUGCACUCUACCUUGGACUCAGCUUCAUUGAUUGAAAUGGUUUUCUUAUGGUUAUUGUGUUGUUAGAAACAACUCUGCAAAACUUGCAUGUAAUUUGCUGUGGACCUCUAGAAUUGAUUUUGUAUCUCUGAAAUGUGUUUGUUCUAUUUUCA